UUCCCUCUCUUAUGUACAAUCUCCCAUGACCUUCAAACUAAGGGAAAGAAACAAAAAAUAUAAAAUAAAUAAUGUCCUCUCUCUCUCAUACAUCCAAAAUCAGCAAACACAGGGCAACUUUCAACUUUCUUUGAUCAAUUAGAUCAAUUCCACCAUUGAUUUCUUCUCUUACCCACAUGCUCAAACUAAUUCUUCUGGUUGCUGCGGCCCCCAUUUUUCUAAUUUUCGUGAUUUUGGUCUUCUUGUUCCGCCACAAGCUCGCAAAAACAGAGCAGAGAGAUGUAGAGAAGGCGGCGGCGGCGAAGGCAGAGGAGGAGGAGGAGCUGAGUACUUUUGAGGGCGGCGAGGAUUUGACGGUGGACGAGAUUCUGGAAGCUCCGGGGGAGGUGAUCGGAAAAUCAAAGUAUGGAACUCUGUACAAGGCGUCGCUGCAGAGAAGCCAGAGGACGCGGGUACUGAGAUUCCUCCGACCCGCCGCCGCCACGGAAGAAUCCGGCGACGACACCGUUGGGUUUCUGGGUUCGAUUCGGCACCCGAAUCUGGUUCCGAUGUUGGGAUUCUACGCCGGCCGCCGCGGCGAGAAGCUUCUGGUUCAUCCCUUUUACGGCCGGGGGAAUCUGGCAGACUUCAUUACAGUGGGAGAAGCAGAAGCAGAAUCAGAGAGAUGGGAAAUCAUUUACAAAAUCUCCAUGGGAAUCGCCAAAGCCUUGGAUCAUCUCCACAGUGAAUUGCAGAAACCGUUGGCGCACGGCAAUCUCAAGUCCAAGAACAUUCUUCUCGAUCGGAAUUUCGAGCCGCACGUCUCCGAUUUCGGCCUCCAUCUCCUCCUCAAUCCCGCCGCAAAUCAAGAACUGCUCCGAGUUUCCGCCGAUUCCGGCUACAAGGCGCCGGAGCUGAUCAAGAUGACGGACGCCGAUGAGCGGACCGACGUCUACAGCUACGGCAAAAUCCUUCUCGAGUUGUUGCUGUACGGCAAAGAUCAGCCGUCGAAUCGAAACUCACCUCCCGACGGAGACGGCGGCGAUUGCGGUGUUUCUGAUGACCGGAUUCUCCGAUGCUCUCGGAUCGUCGAGGCUUGUUGUUCUUCGUCGCCGGAUCUUCGGCCGAAUUUCAAGGAAGUGAUUGCGAAGAUUGAGGAAAUCGGAAGGAUUAAGAUCGAUUGACUGCGGCAAAGAGGGCUAGGGUUAGAACUCUAUGAGAGGUGAUUUUCGUUUUUCCAAAAUGAAUUUUGAGAAAUUGAUCUUUUUUUUUUUAAUUAUUCUUUUUCUUGAUUCUACAGAAUGAAUGAAUAUGGCUGACUUUUUUCCC